GCCUGACCAGGAGCAAAACUGUUCAAGUUCCCCGGCUCCUGUCAAGUGUUUAGAGGAUCCAUUUCAGCAAACCAUAGGAUUACUGCUCCAGUAUUGUUUUUAGGUUACCAGUCUGUUUCUCGCAUCGACUUGUAGUGCUAGUGCCGUGCUUCAUGCUAUUCGGUGCUGUUGUUCCCAUUUCCAAGCGAAUUCGUUUAUGACCGAAGCCGCAGUUAGAACCGAAGAGUAGAACAGCCAGUGAAUCAAAUUUUUGAAUAUAGUGUGUGUCAGUGUGCAUAUGAAAAUCAGAUUUAAAAGGUUCGACUCUACGAAGAGCAAUGACGAAUAAUCGAUUGGUUUUAAUGCUUCUGACAUUAAUCCUAGUUCAACAAUGUAUGUCCAGGGAUCCACCCAAGGUAGAUAUUCCCGAGCAGGGAACAGUGAUGGGCACAUUCGUCAAAAUGUUCAGAACCCAACGAGUGAUCGGAUACUUGGGCAUUCCUUACGCCCAGGCGCCUACUGGGGAAAAACGUUUUUCACGUCCGGUCGUUGAUAAUCUACCGAGCUGGGAGGGCGUCAAAAAUGCUUCCACAUUCGAGAAGCAGUGCUGGUCAUCGGCCAGGAGCUCUCACCGACGGCACAAUCAAUUGUUCAUGGAACUGAUCCAGUCGGCCAAUGAAGGCGAGAUGCAGUACGAUGAAGACUGUCUGUUUCUGAACAUCUACGUACCAGAUUCCACUACGCCAUCGGAAGGUUUUUCGGUACUGGUCCUAUUUCCCACUAGCGACUUCGACGGUGACACACCGUUCAUGCUAAACCCGUUCCAAAUGGUCUUCAAACAGAAGCUAAUAGUCGUAACCGUGCAAUAUCGUUUGGGAAUGUUUGGCUUCUUUACCACUGGCGAUGGAGAGGCACCGGGAAACUUUGGUUUGAUGGACCAAGCAGCAGCACUUUUUUGGAUUAAUCGAAACAUCAAGUUGUUCAACGGAAAUGAAGCGUCUGUAACCAUUAUUGGACAUGGAACAGGGGGUAUCUGUGUUGGUCUCAUGCUAACGUCGGGUGAAUGGACCAAAGAUUAUUUCCACAAAGCAAUUAUCAUGUCCGGAAGUGUUUUGACCGACUCAAUGGUCAAAAGCCCGUCGCAUUAUAUGCCGGCAUUGGAUGAAACGGCUAACAUAUUCGGGUGCAAUCGUAAACCUACGUCGAACUUGAUCGAAUGUCUACGAAGAGUUCCCGGACCGGUGUUAGCAGAAAAUGCUCCCUCCAUAGAUUGGGGACCGGUAGUCGACAGAGAUAUGAAUGCUACCAGUACUCCGUUCAUACCCGACCAACCAAUUUUACUGGCACGUCAAGGACAACUCAGGAAAAUUCCCCUUCUGAUUGGCUAUACUGAUAUGGAAGAAGGUUUGGAGCUGGCAAUGGGUGAUAUCUUGGAAAAUGGCAUCGCAGCCGAAAUGUUCGAAACAUUGCUGGGCGAUGCUGUGAUGAUGGAUCUAUCGCAAAUGGAUUUCAACGACACCGUUUGUGGUGGGAACAUGGAGAUUGUAAUGGAUGCGGUUCAAUUUCAGUACAAUCCAUAUCCGCCCACAACAGAUCCCAUGAUAUUGAGGAAACGCUAUAUCGAGUUCGCAACAGAACGAAAGUACGUAUCUUCCACGAUUGAACUGGCUAUGCACAUGAGUCAACUGGCGGAUACUUAUGUGUAUCGGUUCGAUAUAAAACCACGAACAGAAGCAGCCUUGAAAAACAUACCUGAGUGGAUGGGCGUGCCCCACAACUUUGAGCUGAUCUUCCUUUGGGGUCUUCCGUACUGGCUUAUGUUAGCCGAUCAGAUGCAGUGGGAUAGCGCUGAUAAACGCGUGGCAGACAUCGUUAUGACCCUGUGGGCCAACUUCGCCAAGUACACGAAUCCCACCCAGGUCGGUGUGUACAUCAAAUGGGACAAGUUCACCAACGACGAACCGGGGGUGCUAAUCAUCGAUCGUUCAUUCAACAUGAGUGACCAGACGACGAUGAGCUACAAUGCGGUGAAAUUCUGGAAUCAUUACUACCCUAGUGUAAUCAACUUUGCGGCACAGUGUUGUAAUUCCACGUACAACGACGGUAACAGUUACCACAAAAUGUUGAGUAGUUCCGUAAUACAUAGCGUUUUAGUAGCGAAUUUUAUAUUGUUACAAUCAUAUAUUUACAUUCAAAUACAAUAUUUUUUCCAAACGUAA